CACUGCCUGUUGACUGAAGUGUUCUUGCAGGGGUGUAUGUGAUGAGCAUAUCUGUGAUAUGUGGUGGUGUACUGGAAAUUUUUCAUUUUGCUUACAUGUAUCAUAUGAUUUGUUGGUUUGCCCAGUGGAUACUAUUCACUGGGCUACGGAUGAGUGACCAGAGGCCACUCCUUUCCCAUUGUUCAAAUGCACUCUGCAGAAAUCAACCAGACACGGUGCAAGUGCAAACCUUCAUUCACUAAAAGGAACUUUAAGAACGGGAAGAGUCCAAUACUGGAUGCUCCGAUCAUCAGUUCUCCAUCUCAGUUGACCGAUCCAAAUGGAGCCAGCGAGUAACCCAGAGAGGAAUCCGCUACGAGAUGACAACAAUCCAAAUUGUGAUCCAGCAAAGUUUAACAAGAGGGGCGAGUGGGCCAACAAGAGGGAGUUCAUCUUGGCAGUAGUCGGAGAAAUCAUUGGCCUGGGCAAUGUUUGGAGAUUUCCAUAUCUGUGCUUUAAAAAUGGAGGAGGAGCUUUCUUGGUUCCUUAUGUUUUGAUCCUGUUCACCUGUGGAAUCCCCAUCUUCUUUCUGGAGGUAUCUCUGGGACAGUUAACUCGUCAGGGUGGAGUCACUUGUUGGAGGAAAAUUUGUCCUUUAUUUGAAGGCUUAGGCUACGGUGGCCAAUUGAUUAUGCUAUACACUGUGAUGUAUUACAUCGUCAUCCUGGCUUGGGCCUUCCUCUACCUCUUCUCCUCCUUCCACACUGUACUCCCCUGGGCCAGCUGCAACAACACCUGGAACACAGAGAACUGUGUCGAUACUCGACUGAAUCGUUCAUCAAAUGGCCACAUUUCUCCGAAUGCAACCUCUUCAGUUGAAGAAUUCUGGCAGAGGAGAAUCCUGGGUUUGUCUGAAGGUAUUGAAGAAAUAGGAAGUAUCCAAUGGGAUCUGGCUGGAUGUCUUCUGCUGAGCUGGAUUGUUUGUUAUUUCUGCAUCUGGAAAGGAGUCAAGUCCUCUGGAAAGGUUGUCUACUUCACUGCCACAUUUCCGUAUGUAAUGAUGAUCGCUUUGCUGAUCCGAGGUGUGACGUUGCCAGGAGCCACAGAUGGCAUUCGGUUUUACCUCUCUCCUGAUCCAACACGUCUGGCUGAUCCUCAGGUAUGGAUGGAUGCUGGGAGUCAGAUAUUAUUCUCCUAUGCUGUCUGCACAGGCUGCUUGGCGUCUUUGGGAAGCUACAACAAAUACAACAACAACUGCUACAAAGAUGCAUUUGCGCUGUGCCUGUUGAACAGUAUGACAAGCAUUGUCGCUGGAUUUGCAGUAUUCUCUGUCCUGGGCUUCAUGUCUUAUGAGCUGGGUGUCAACAUCUCAACAGUGGCUGCAUCAGGUCCUGGGCUGGCUUUUAUUGCCUACCCUCGGGCUGUAUCCCUGAUGCCUUUACCCCAGGUUUGGGCUGCAUUCUUCUUCAUUAUGAUAAUAUUCCUUGGACUGGACAGUGAGUUUGUGUAUUUGGAAGGCAUGGUCACAUCCAUAUCAGACAUGUACCCAUCCUUCUUUCUCACUGGUCAUCGACGUAAACUCCUUCUUUUAGUCAUCUGUGCCGUGUCCUUACUCAUCGGUCUCUGUAUGGUCACUGAAGGGGGACUUUAUGUGUUUCAGCUUUUUGACUACUAUGCCUGCAGUGGAAUCCCAUUGAUUGUUUUUGCAAUAUUGGAAUCCAUUUGUAUAGGAUGGAUAUAUGGUGCUGAUCGCUACUACAAUGAUAUUACAGACAUGAUUGGCUACCGCCCCAUGCCCUAUAUGAAGUACUGUUGGAUGUUCAUUACUCCGUGUGUAUUUACAGGCAUCUUGCUCUUCUCUCUGGUCAAAUUCACCGCUCUGAGGUACAACAACACCUACCAGUACCCCUGGUGGGGCCACACGCUCGGGCUAUUACUCGCUUUCUCUUCAGUGCUCAUGGCACCACUGUGGUUUCUCUACAGCAUGGCUGUAACUCCAGGAACAGUGAGACAGAGACUGAAAGUGACGACCACUCCAUUCGAUUUUCAGAGCACCGCUGAAGAAACUCGCAACUCUGAAACAUGUCCCUCCUACAAAGAACAUGAACUGUGUGCUUUGAACAUGACUGACACAAAUUAUAUCUGACUACAACUACAGGUGCAUCUCAAUACAUUAGAAUAUGAUGGAAAAGUCAAUUUCCAGUAGUCAAAAGUCAAAUAGCCCCAACCAAGUAUUGAGUGCAUAUAGAUUUCAGAGGCCAACAUUUCCAUAUUAAACAUACUUUUUAAAAUGAGUCUUUUGUAUUAUUAAUUUUUUUAGAGACA